CCACCCAAGCUUUUCUCAAGAACAGGCAAAUUUAAUUGAGAGGCUCAAGAUAUAGAGAGCGAACGCGUGUUAGCAAAAGAAACCAACUGACAAACAGGACAUCAGAUCUACUUGGUAACUCACUUUCAGCAAUGAGUUUUGAGGACAUACUGGAUGAAGUUGGCGGCUUCAACAAAUUCCAGUUUGUUGUUCUUUUUAUUCUGUGGCUCCCACGGAUCAUCCUUCCAAUGCACUUCCUGCUUCACAAUUUCAUCUCAGGUGUGCCACCCCACCGUUGUGCCCUGCCAUAUCUGGAGGACAGGUAUGCAGGGGGGACAGAGAAAGACAGUCCUGCAGUCUCACCGAUUCUAUCCUUCAGCAUCCCCCAAAACACAGAUGGCUCCUACAGCUCCUGUAAGAUGUACCCUCUUGCCAUGGACUUUGACCCUAAUGGUGACCUCAGCCUGCUGUAUGGCAACCGAUCUAACGUGUCGGUGCCGUGCCAGUACGGAUGGGUGUACGACCACUCUCAGUUCACCUCAACAACCGCCACAGAGUGGGAUUUAGUAUGCGACAACAAAAAGCUGAACCAAGCCCUGGCCACGUUCUUCUUCAUCGGAGUGACAAUCGGUGCUGUCAUGUUUGGCCAGUUGUCUGACAAGUUUGGUCGUAAGCCAAUGAUUCAGGUGUCUUUUGUGGCCAGUGCUAUUCUGGGAACCGUGGAGGCUUUUUCUUCAUCUUACGUGAUGUUCGCCAUAGCGAGAACCUUGUGUGGAGUGGCCCUUACUGGGAUGUCAAUAACCACAGUGGCCCUGUGUCUCGAGUGGAUAGACGUUAAACACCGCACGUUCACGGGUACCAUCGUCAGUCUUGGAUGGAGUGUAGGGAACAUGCUGCUGGCACUUUUGGCUUAUCUCAUCAGAGAUUGGAGGCACCUCAUCCUGGUGGUGACAUCACCCUGCCUUGUCGGCAUUAUUGCCUGGUGGUGGAUUCCUGAGUCAGCGAGAUGGCUGCUGGCCAAUGGCAAGGUGGAGGAGGCUCAGAAGUAUCUGCUCCAAUGUGCCAAGAUGAAUGGAAAGUACAGUUACACUGAUAAACUAAACAUCGAGACCUUAAAGAAGAUAACCAUUCCUGAGGUCACCAACAAGAAUCAUUCCUACCUUGAUCUAGUAAAGACACCAAAGCUGAGGAAGAUUGUCAUUUGCUCUGGGAUUUUCUGGUUUGCAGUUGCAUUUACCUACUAUGGAAUCAGCUUCAACAUCACUGGGUUUGGACUUAACAUCUAUCUCACACAGUUUGUCUAUGGAUGCAUUGAAGUCCCAGCUAAAAUUGGGACCUACUUCACUCUGGAUUGGAUUGGACGAAGAAACGGGCAGGCGUGGUCCCUCAUUAUAACAGGAGCUCUGAUUGGAAUAAACAGUGUAAUCCCAACAGAUUUUGCUACUGUGCGUACAGGAAUUGCAGUUAUUGGGAAGGGAUUCUCUGAGGCAGCCUUUACCAUUGCCUUCUUGUACACAUCUGAGCUCUAUCCGACUGUACUCCGGCAGUGCGGCUUGGGUUACACCUCUUUCAUGGCCCGUUUAGGAGGCUCUCUGGCCCCGAUGGUCGUAUUGUUUGAGGACAUGUGGCGGUUUGCACCCCCUCUAGUGUUUGCUACCACUGCGAUUCUCAGCGGGUGCGUGGUCUUCCUGCUGCCUGAGACCACAAAUGUUCAGCUUCCGGAGAAUGUUCUGGAUGUGGAGGAGGGAAGGCACAUGUUGGUAUCCACCAGACCAGUGAUGGAUGUUGAGCUCAAUGAGAUGAAUUCAGCACCAGCAGCUUCACAAGAGGAGAACUCUUAAAGGCUUAAACAAACAUGUCACGUUACAGUUCAUCAAUUGACAGCUAUAAAUAAAUAAUAAUAGUUGAGAUCCACAAGGGAUAAAUCCUACUUUGGCAUCGGACUGAUUUCUUUAGGCAGACUGCUAAAACAAUGAAUCCAUUCAAAUCAAAUAUAUAGUGAAAGAUCUGAUUCAGUGGCCACUGAUGUUUCUGAGAAUGUGAUUACAGAAGAAAACAACACUAAUGGUAUAGUUGUCUAUGUAACAAUUGAACGUAAGAUGAAGCUGUACGCUUUUAAAAGGAAUAA